AGUGCGCAAUACACACAACAGUGCGCCCAGUCGUCCCAUAUGUUAUUGUUUAUCACGACCGCUUAAAACAAAAAGGUUUUGUAGACGAGGAAGGAAAAGGUGUUGCCGUCAGCGUCCCCUGUCCACCAAGUCGCAAUUGCGCAACUAUUUAAUGUCGUCUACAGCAAUCUCGGCCAGCAGAAAUUGUUUAACGUUCAAUACAUGGAGGACAAGUCAACAACUCAAGCCAAAAGCAGUUAUAAGAAACUUUCGAAUUCUCAACCUAGACCAGAAACAGUUGGCCCAUCAAAGACCUAAGAGCUCUCGAGAGACAGGCGAGCUGAUUUGUGGACAAUUAACGCGUUCUUAUCAGUCUUUCAAGGCGAUGGACUCUCCACCAGAUGUAUUCCUUGGACAAGUGGAUCGUUUCCGAGGCGUCACAGUCGAUGGGAAGAACCAGAAUGUGGACACAGCCCAAUUCCAGACUAAACUACAGAAAUCUUUGGAAUUCUGGAGAUCAAAUAAAAAUCGAGCUAUUUGGUUUCAUGUGUAUAAGGAGCAGGCCGAUUGGGUACCGAUACUAGCUGCCAAUGGCUUUGAUUUUCAUCAUGCUUGCACCGGCGUGGUGGCCAUGUACCGUUGGCUGCCCACCGAUGAGGAGAGCAAUUUACCUAAUUACGCACACACGCUCUUAGGCGUCGGCGGCCUUGUGAUUAACGAUCAAGAUGAAAUUCUUGUGGUGUCCGAUCGUUUUGCAAUGAUCCCAAACAGUUGGAAACUACCUGGUGGCUAUGUGGAGCCGCGCGAGAAUCUCGUCGAUGCGGCCAUACGAGAAGUGGAGGAAGAGACCGGCAUUAAAACGGAAUUCCGUUCAGUAGUUUGUUUGCGUCACGCACACGGCGGUAAUUUCGGUUGUUCCGAUAUUUACGUUGUCAUUGGAUUGAAGCCAAACAAUUUGGACUUCAAACGUUGCGAAAGGGAAAUUGCAAAGCUCCAAUGGAUGCCAGUUCAGGAAUAUUUGCAGCAUCCGCAAGUGCACGAGACAAAUCGGCAUUUUGUCCGAACAUAUUUAGACUAUCAGAAGCGCGGAUUGGUUUUAACCUGUCGCUCGGAUGUGCAUCAGGUCCUGAAAAAGGAAUACAGAUUGUAUUAUGUGGACCAGCAAGAGCAACAGCAAACGAAGGAGUAGUUCAAUUCAUGUGUUUUUUGUUUUAUGUAUGUAUGUAAAUAAAAUAAAGCUUUUGUAUAUUUUAGAAAACGAA